AUCUAUGAUGCAACGAAUCUGAGUCUCCCCAAUGUACCUGGACGCUCCACUCCUAAAACCCCAACAAAAAAACUCUGAAACGCUCAGAUUCAAACCAUUCACUCUCUCCUCCUUCCCACUAAUCAUCUUCCACACUCCAAAAAUAGCCGUCACCGGUGGCCUGAGUAGGACUACAUUACUCUCCGGCUGCCCAUUUCCGAUGGCUAGCUUGUCCACUGUUUCUACUCAGAACGACGAAGCCGUUUCGGACCCUACCGCAAAGCCCCCUCAGCCCUUGCAGGUUGCAAAGCGCUUGGAGAAGUUCAAGACUACAAUUUUCACCCAAAUGAGUAUGCUUGCCAUCAAGUAUGGAGCUAUAAAUCUUGGCCAAGGCUUCCCCAAUUUUGAUGGCCCUGAAUUUGUAAAAGAAGCAGCCAUUCAGGCAAUCAGAGAUGGUAAAAAUCAAUAUGCUCGGGGAUAUGGUGUUCCUGACCUCAAUGCUGCUGUAGCUGCACGAUUCAAGAAAGAUACCGGCCUUGAUAUUGACCCAGAGAAAGAAGUCACUGUUACCUCUGGUUGCACUGAAGCGAUUGCCGCAACCAUGUUAGGCUUGAUAAAUCCUGGUGAUGAGGUCAUAGUUUUUGCUCCUUUCUACGACUCUUAUGAAGCUACUUUGUCUAUGGUUGGUGCAAAAGUAAAGUGCAUUACUCUACGCCCCCCAGAUUUCUCUGUCCCCAUUGAUGAGCUGAAAUCAGUUAUAUCAAAAAGUACUCGUGCAAUCCUCAUAAACACCCCACAUAACCCAACAGGAAAAAUGUUUACCCAAGAAGAACUCAAUGUGAUUGCCUCACUGUGCAUUGAAAAUGAUGUUCUGGUUUUCACUGACGAAGUUUAUGACAAGUUGGUUUUUGAAAUGGAGCACAUUUCCAUGGCUUCUCUUCCAGGAAUGUAUGAAAGGACUGUUACCAUGAAUUCAUUGGGGAAGACAUUUUCACUUACAAGCUGGAAAAUAUGUUGGGCAAUAGCUCCCCCACAUUUGACCUGGGGAAUAAGGCAGGCCCAUUCUUUCCUUACUUUUGCUACAUCUACUCCGAUGCAAUAUGCUGCUGCAACAGCUCUCAGAGCACCAGAUUCUUAUUAUGUGGAGCUUAAGAGGGAUUACUCAGCAAAGAAGGCCAUAUUGGUGGAUGGGUUGAAGGCUGCAGGCUUCACAGUGUAUCCAUCAAGUGGAACAUACUUUGUAAUAGUGGAUCACACUCCUUUUGGGUUGAAAGAUGAUGUUGCGUUUUGUGAGUAUCUCAUAAAGGAGGUUGGAGUUGUAGCCAUCCCAGCCAGUGUUUUUUAUCUAAAUCCUGAAGAUGGCAAGAAUCUUGUAAGAUUUACCUUCUGCAAAGAUGAGCAGACACUCAGAAGUGCUGUUGAGAGGAUGAAAGAAAAGUUACCAAAGAAUGAAAAGAAGCCCCAACAGGUAAUUAAUCUGGGAUUAUGAUGAAAGAGAGCGUGGCUAUGAGUUGAUCAGGAUGAUAGUUUGUUUUCAAGGAGAAAGAUUGAAAUGUAAUAGUUAGAAAUUAUAGUAUUCGACUAUUUUGUGAUUAGCCUUGCAUUUAGUAUUGAUAGA